GCCGGCAAUUGGUUAUCACGUACAUCGCCACACGCGCUCAGCAGAUCCACUUCCUUUCCAGGGACAAAUCUUACCCACGUACUACCGAUUUUUCGAUUUUUCCUGCAAACCGAACAAGUUAAAAGAUGGCAGCUCUCACGAAACUCACCAUAAUCAAGCUCAUCGAGCUCAUUCUGGUCAUCGUGCUCCUGGUGUUGCACUAUGACACAGUCAACGGCACCUCGUACGAAGAGCUGCUCUCAAUGACGGCGUUCGGUGGCUACCUCAUCAUUCUGAUCGGUAUCUUUGCCGGUGCGACAACCGGCACUCCCGUCAACCGACGAAUCGACCUCUAUUUCACCCUAGUCGGUUGCGUCCUGUUCAUUGUGACCGGUAUCAUGAUCUUCAACAACCAGCGCGUCAAGCACAUGGUCCGAGGUAUCCUUGCCGUGAUCGAGGGCGUUCUGUUUCUGGUCGAUGCCGUCUUCACUUUCAGAGGCGAGGCAUAAGAUGCCAGGGUGUAUUCAUCCCCCCCAUUCCCUUCUCUCUCUCUCUCUGUCAAUAAAUUGUAACUACGUCUCUGUCGUGUAUGUCACCCUCAAAAAGAUGUUCUAGCGAGUUUCGUUGUCUUAUUCCGUAAAAUGUUCUUGAGACGGGAGAGAUAAUUCUAUUUUUUUUUUUUUUUAACAGAUUUUAUGCAGUGCGUGUUCGUAUUCCAUUCGGUUUUGUUAGUUUCGUCAAAAUGAGUUUUGUAAAAGUACUCCUUGAAUUUUCUGUUAAUAAUACACUGCCAAAAUAAUAUCGUUGGUGUAGUGUUAAACACUUUUUUUUUUUUUUUUUCAAAAAAGCGAUCCACUAAUCUUACUGGAAAUUUU